CUGUCAGUAGGAUCCCCAACAGGAACAGAUAUGGAGACGCCCUCCUGGACUCCCCAAGAUACUUCCCUGGAAACAGGACAAGGAGAUAAAGAAAACGGUGACAACAUUUAUCACAUAAAUGACAGCAUUACUAGUCAAGGCAAUGAAAUACCUUCCCUGCUCAUUAUCCGGGAAGAGGACUAUCCCAGGCCGGAAGAGGACAGUGUUUCUUUGAAGAAUCCGCUCAGCUCCAGAAAAGCAGGUCUAGGCAUGUCCGGGUCCCAGGAAGGGUCCCUGAAAGGACCCUCGUAUCAAGAUGUCCUUAUGGAGGGGGGACCAGGGUUUCUCUCUCAGUCAAUCCAGGUCAGCCCUGAGCCUGUUCCUACCCACCAGAGAACUGAGGGGAACUCCACACGUGGGGGACACCAAGAAAGAUGCCGUGAAGCCCAAAACUCAUACAGAUGUGAAAAGUGUCCCAAGAUCUUUAGGUAUUUCUCUCAGCUAAAAGCCCAUCAGAGAAGACACAACAACGAGAGGACAUUUACUUGUGCUGAGUGUAACAGAGGCUUCUUCCAAGCAUCAGACCUGCACGUGCAUCAGAAGAUUCACGCAGAAGAGAAGCCUUUCACGUGCAGCACGUGUGAAAAAUCCUUCAGCCACAAAACCAACCUUCUGGCCCAUGAGAGAAUCCACACGGGAGAGAAGCCCUAUGAAUGUUCCCUCUGCCAUAGAAGCUACCGCCAGUCAUCUACCUACCACCGCCACCUGAGGAAUCACCAGAAAAGUGCCUUCAGAGGUGUCUCUUCCACACCAGAAGCUUCCUCGGGUGCAGCCCCAAUGGAAUGAUAUGUGAAUGUGUCUGUAAGUAUGUAUAUUUCCAUAGUACUUCCCUGUUUAGAACAUAUAAUUUCCUGAUUAUAUUUUCCAUUUAUUGUCUUCACUAAAAUGUAAGUUUAAGGAGGAAUUUCGUAGUUUGUUCUCUAGAGUAUCUCGGGUGCCUAGAAAAGUGGCUGACAAAUUUCAAAUAAGCAAUGAAUAUCUGUUGAACAGAUGUGUAAUGUUGGUGCUUAUUACUUAAAAUCCAGGAAUGUUCAA